AUGUCGGACGCGGCACCAGCAUCGACCUCAAGACCCAGCUCGGCUGCAGGGCCCAGCACAGCUCCGCCUGUCGCAGCAGCUGCAUCUUCAUCAUCCUCAGCCUCAGCUCCAUCAACGAAGCCGCAACCAGCUGCAAACGACAAAAAGUCGGCAAAGGAGCUCAAAGCUGCGAGACGAGCCGCCAAGGUGGCAGAACGAGCCCCUGGUGACAUGUCGACCCCGCAGCGAGGGCUCCCUGCACCCAACGCCGCUCAGCGAGGAGGUGCAGCGGAUCGAAGCCAGCAGGGCAGUCGCGAAGGCAGACGACCCGGAUCCUCCUCUGCCAAUAACCCAGGAGGUAAUGCAAGGCUAGGCGGCUCCACCGCUGGUCUUGGUGGUAGUAAUCCAGGACCAGGCGCUGGAGCCUUGGCAAGUGGAGCAGCAGGCACCUCCAUGGCAGCUACAGCUUCCAGUUCCGGCGCGAGAAGAGGUGCUGGACACGACAACGAGCCCUCCGCCAAAUCCAUCCCACAGCAUCCCAGCGUCGCGCUCUUCGGCAACGUCUCGUCCGGGAAACCGCACAAUGCACACAUUGCAGCUCAAGUCUCUGCCUCGUUCCGUUCCAACAUCCACCCUUCCAUCCUGCGACUCUCAUCCCAGCUCGCCCAGUACAAGCUCAUCGGCGCCGACACACGCGCCAUCGCCCUCCUCCGUGCGAUGGCUGACGUCAUUCGCGACUACACCACGCCUCGAGGCGAGAUGCUCAACCGCGACCUCCUCAAGACCGUCUCUGCUCAGGUCGGACAUCUCGUCGAUGCACGUGCUAUGGGCACUUCCCAAGGUGUAGCGGUGCGAUACCUCAAGUACGAGAUCUCGGUCGUUUGCGCCGACCUCACCGAAGACGAAGCGAAGGAACAUCUUCUGGAGCGAAUCGACCACUUUAUCCGCGAUCGCAUCGUCUACGCUUCCAAGAUCAUCCGCACCCAGGCGGGCAACAAGAUCAAGGACGGAGAUGUCGUCAUGACGUUUGCCCGAUCGUCGGUUGUUGAAGGUACGCUGCUGGCUGCUUGGCAGCGUGGCACGCGAUUCGAGGUCAUCGUCGUGGAUACGAGACCGCUGUUGGAGGGCAGGGCGUUGCUCUCGGUGUUGCUGGCUGCAGGUAUCCCGUGCACCUACGGUCUCAUCUCUAGCGUGUCCUCGCUCAUGCCGCGUGCGGACAUCUUGCUGUUGGGUACAUCGGCGUUGCUCGCCAAUGGCGCACUCUACUCUCGUGCAGGAACAGCCACCUGCGCUAUGAUGGCAAAGGAAAAGGGCAUCCCCGUCAUCGUGUGCUGCGAAACGUACAAGUUCUCCGAACGCGUACAGCUGGAUUCUUUCGUUCAGAACGAAGCUGGCAAUCCGCUCGAUCUUCUGCUGCCUUCAUCGGAGCAGAACUUGGACGGCGGAGAAGCGGACCAAGAUGGUGGAGAGGCGAACAAGCGCGCAGCAGGUGGUGGGCUGAUCGAUGCUGCAGAGUGGCAGGCUUCGCCCAACUUGGCCGUCAUCAAUCUGCUGUACGAUGUGACUCCGCCUAGGUUUAUUUCGGCCGUGGCGAGCGAGGUGGGCUUGUCGGGCCCGGAGAGUGUGGGUGUGAUCCUGCGCGAUUACAAGAGCGUGCUGUACGGUGUGUAG